AUGGGCGCCAACGUCGUCGUCGACAACUGGUGGACACGUUUCCUGUGGAGGCAUCCUAACCUGCAGCUGGCGCUGAUCCCGGCCAUGGUGGGAGCCUUGCUGCUCCUCAUCUGCUGGCAGAUCUACACCCCUCCCGAGUUCUCGGUGACCGUGUCAAGACCACAAGGCCUAGAGCCCACGUUCGACGUCACGCUCCGGGCCAAGAACCGCAACGUGUGGGAGCACUGCUUCAAGCCAGGGCCCAGCAGCGCGGUGGUGGCGUACGCGGGCGUCCCGCUCUCGCGCGCCGACCUCCCGGGGUUCUGCGUGCCGGGGAUGAGCGUCGCCAGGGUGCGCUUCGUCGCCGCGGGCGCCGGGCCAGGGAUGCCCGAGUCGCUGUACGAGAGGCUGGAGGCCCAGCGCGGGAGGCGGGAGCGUGUCCAGCUGACGGUACGCGUGAGGCUGGACGAGGACCGGUUGCUGCCGCACCACGUACCGGGCGCCGCUAUGGCCAUGCUCGCCGGCGACGCCGAGCUCCGAGCUUCGGCCAUGGCGCCCCGCCCCUCCCUGGUCCAACCGCCGCUACCAUUGCCCGGCCUCCUUCUCCACUGCCUGGCAUGCCUGCCUCCCCCCCGGCUAGGCCCUUCUAUGUCCCAUCGGAGUUGCCUUCUUCUAUCUCCGACGACCUCCUCUUUACCGCAACCCUAG